CACAUGACACUGGAAGCUGAAUGAAAUGAGCAUGAGAUGAAACCGACAUCCCAUCGAUGCAAGGCCUAUCACUUAGCUCCCCAGUCGCGUUAUCCACUGCAUAUAUAUCCAAUACACUCCACUCGUCAUCAUUCAACUUCACGCGGCCGGAACGUUCGUUUCAAUCGGCAUCGCCAGCGAUAGGAUAAUACAGUUGCUUAUUCCUUAGAACUAUGAGAGAGACUGAAGAAGUUUUGUCCCUAGAUCUCGAAGAUAACGACUACCUCUAUCGAAUCCGGAGAGGCAAACGGGUCGUUUACGUUUCAGUACUACACGCUGAUAUCAUCCCUCUAGACCACCGAACAGAUGGCCCUAGAAUACUGUCCAACCUAUGCCGUCUCCAGAAUGGAACAAGGAAUGGAAGACGCUUACAGUCACAAAAUCACCUAAUGGUGUUGAAUGCACUUUCAACAAAUUCUCACCACAUGCACUAGACCAUCGCACCAUCCUUACCUGCGCCGACCAUCGGUUUAACCUGUUGAAACUCGAACAUCGCGAACGGAUCAGCGACAGAAUCUCUCGUGUAGUUGUGUGCGGCAGGGUAUGCGUUCUUAAGAUGGCUAGGUUCAAGCACGAGCUUGAAGCUCUCGAGAAGGAGAUUCGAGCAUAUGGUGUUCUGAUGAACCACCAAUUUAGCCUUGUACCUGAAUUCAUAGGGUUUGUCUACGAAGAAGAAGAAAACCGGGUCAUAGGCUUUUUGAUUGAAGAACUGCAUGGACGACAUCCCAACAUUAGAGAUUUGAGAGCCUGCAAAUAUACUGUCCAGCAACUGCAUAGUAUAGGCAUUAUUCAUGGAGAUCUGAACAGAUACAAUAUCAUCAUCACAGGGCAUGAGGCAAAACUCAUUGAUUUUGAAGCAUCAACUCUUCAGAAAGAGGGACAUCACGAAGAGGCAAGUGACGAACUGCGGAAACUCACUGAGAAGUUAUUGGACAGCUCAGAGGCAGGAUUGCCAUAGAUGUAGUAAUUCAACAUCUUUUUCCUCUCUCCUAU